GCCCCAGAAGCAGUACAAUGUCGCAAACACCACCGCCAAAAGACGGAAAAAACCCAGAGGCAAUGGAGGUGGAGGAUGCUAUUGAUGAGGAGAUUCUGAAAAUGUCGACGGAAGAUCUCAAAAGCCGUACCCACUUGUUGGACAACGAGAUUCGUAUUAUGAGAAGUGAAGUUCAACGUAUCAAUCAUUCUGCAACCACUCUCAAAGAACGGAUCAAGGAGAAUACUGAACGUAUCAAAGUUAACAAAACUCUUCCGUACUUGGUGUCCAACGUUGUCGAACUUCUUGAUCUCGAGGAUAAUACAGAAGAAGAAGGCGCAAAUGUUGAUCUCGAUGCCCAAAAAACCAAGUGCGCAGUCAUUAAGACUUCCACUCGUGCCACAUAUUUCUUACCAGUUGUUGGACUUGUCGAUCCAGAUGAGUUGAAGCCAGGAGAUCUCGUUGGUGUCAAUAAGGAUUCAUAUUUGAUUCUUGAAAAAUUACCAGCAGAAUAUGAUUCUCGUGUGAAGGCUAUGGAAGUUGACGAACGGCCAACUGAACAAUAUUCCGAUAUCGGAGGAUGUGACAAGCAAAUUCAGGAGCUGAUUGAAGCUGUUGUGCUUCCAAUGACUCACAAGGAUCGAUUUGUUAAUUUGGGUAUUCAUCCUCCAAAGGGUGUGCUCAUGUAUGGACCACCAGGAACUGGUAAAACGAUGAUGGCCCGUGCGGUUGCUGCCCAAACUAAAUCAACAUUCUUGAAGCUCGCAGGCCCACAACUUGUUCAGAUGUUCAUUGGAGAUGGAGCCAAGCUUGUUCGUGAUGCUUUUGCUCUUGCUAAGGAAAAGGCUCCAGCUAUUAUUUUCAUUGAUGAGUUGGAUGCCAUUGGUACGAAGCGAUUCGAUUCAGAGAAAGCUGGAGAUCGUGAAGUGCAACGUACCAUGUUGGAACUUCUUAAUCAACUUGAUGGCUUCCAACCAAAUGAUGAUAUCAAGGUCAUUGCUGCAACGAACCGUAUCGAUGUGCUCGAUCCCGCUCUUCUUCGUUCUGGUCGUCUCGAUCGUAAAAUUGAGCUUCCCCAUCCGAACGAGGAUGCCCGUGCCAGAAUCAUGCAGAUUCAUUCCAGGAAGAUGAAUGUCAACAAGGAUGUAAACUUUGAAGAACUGGCCCGCUGUACCGAUGACUUCAACGGAGCACAAUGCAAAGCGGUUUGUGUUGAAGCUGGAAUGAUUGCUCUUCGACGAGAUGCUACUGAGAUUCUUCAUGAAGACUUUAUGGAUGCUAUUCUGGAGGUCCAGGCAAAGAAAAAGGCGUCCCUCAAUUACUACGCUUAAUCCUUCACUCCCGGUUGUCACUGUGUUCCCUUUGAAUCGCUCCCGAAUUUUCUCACGCGAUUUUUUCUUACUUUCAUCUUUCGUAUUCUAUUCCCACCCCUCUCCUGUUUUUAUUGAUUCAUCCUCGAAGUGCGUGGAUUCCUAAUUUAUUUCCGAUCAAUGUGCAUAAAUGGUCACUCUUCG